GCUGCUGUAUAAACACAUGAGGCGGGGAGAAAUCACCCAAGAGUGAUGCCACAGGAGAGGAGAAUAAAUUUGCUUCCUGAAAAAAAAAGGCUGGUGAACUGAAAGAAAAGCAAGCGAGUAGGUGAAAAUUUGUUGAGGGUCCAAUGGAUUUUUUAUGGAAAGUUCCAAGACUACAACCCCCAUGCUCCUCGUGACCUCCAUCAACCCCCAUAUCAAAACCAUUACCCCCUCCGAUGACGUCAGAGAUACGCAGAGACACACGCAACUCGCCCUCGGUUCCUAGCGCCAGAUCCGAGGCGGAGGGGACAGCUCCCUAGUGCUGAAACUGGUCUGCGCUCCAAAAACAGAGGCGGAGGAGGAACACACCAACGCCCGCAUUCGUUUAAAAAUACUCAAGUACACUGAGAAUCAGGGGCUGAUACAGAUAAAGCCGAGAACUUCAAUUACAGAUGGCUGCUACUCAAGAUGUGAAAGGAAAGGGGGAGGGAGGGGAUCAAAAUUUUGACUACAUGUUCAAGCUGCUUAUCAUUGGCAACAGCAGUGUGGGCAAAACCUCUUUCCUGUUCCGCUAUGCCGAUGACGCCUUCACUUCAGCCUUCGUCAGCACAGUGGGCAUUGACUUCAAAGUGAAGACUGUGUACAAGAAUGACAAAAGGAUUAAACUGCAGAUUUGGGACACUGCAGGCCAGGAACGAUACAGGACCAUCACAACUGCCUACUACCGUGGGGCUAUGGGCUUCAUCCUCAUGUAUGACAUCACCAAUGAAGAGUCUUUUGGUGCCGUCCAGGACUGGUCAACCCAGAUAAAAACCUACUCCUGGGACAACGCACAGGUGGUUCUGGCUGGGAAUAAAUGUGAUAUGGAAGAGGAGAGAGUAGUCUCAGUGGACAGUGGACGACUGCUGGCAGAACAGCUGGGCUUUGAAUUCUUUGAGACAAGCGCCAAAGAUAACAUCAAUGUCAAACAGACCUUCGAACGUCUUGUUGACCUAAUUUGUGACAAGAUGUCCGAGAGCUUAGACACCGAUCCAGCUCUCACCACAGGAGCGCCCACUGCCAAACUCACAGACACUGCUCCGCCCCUCCAGCAGCAAGGAUGCAACUGUUAGUUACCAAUGUCAGGAAACCAGGUGUGACACAGGUCCUAGUAAGAUGUUAGUGUGCAGUCUUAAUCUCCCUCAGCAUUAAUACUCCUGCUGAUGCUGCUUUCUCUGGACUUCUAUUCAAACUGUGUUCAGUAGUAGAUUCACAAAAUGUUGCCAUGUUAUCUUUUAAUACUAUCACCUACUAUCCAGAGCAAAUCGCCAUACAGACAGAAAUGCUACUGCAAAAUAUGUGAUAUUAAAAAAUCUUUAAAAUAAAGAGACAUUGUCACUAUGGCUUAGUAUGGUUAAUAUAAUAAGUCUUACAACUCAUGCUAUAUAAAUUAGAAUAUUUACAAAAUACAGGAUAGAAUCAAUUAUUAUUUGAGUGAGUCUUUUUUGUAUAAUUUUCUUUUCUUUUUAUAAGGUUUCUUUCUUUUCUCCUAAAGCUUAGUGCACUAUAGGAUGUAGCCAAUUGGUUUUGUGGAAGAAAUGUGUGGAUUUGGUGAGUGAGUGCAGGUUUGCAUGAGUCUGAAAAAUGUGUUUAAGUUGCAAAUGAGUGAAACUUAUCCUCCUUUAAAAGUGAUCUACCUUAAAUUAAAAAAAAAGUGGCCUUUAGCAUCUUCAACUCGGCCGUACAACCCUGUUAGUUUUUUACUUUUGGAAUGAACCCACUACGUUAAUGUUCAUGUAAUUACUUGUCGAUGAUUUGCUUGACGUAGAUGUGUGAUACCUCUGGUAAGUGAAGUGACUCUUUCUAUGUACAAAGCCUUUAACACAUCCCAGACUUAGUUAAAAGCUAACAGCAUGCUACCAAAAAGUUCUGUGUGGUUUUUUUUUAUUUAAAGAAGAGCCUUGCCCAAACCUUCCAAAAAAUUCUGGAUUAUAACUACAGCACUGUCAAGACACCGUGUUCUAUAUUCGAAUCAGCUACUGACAUCAAUAAAAACAAAUAAAAUCCUAAUUUAGAAUUGUAUGUUUUUGCAAUAAAAUUGCCCUCUAAAAAUGUAAAAUCUUUUUAUAAAAUACUUAACACUUAACAACAUAAGGCUAUAAAAAGCAGUUAUAUACAGAUCAUUUACAAUAUCAGUAUCAUAACUUCAUUAAAUAGAAUCAAAGUCUGUAGCUCCAUUUAAAAAACAUAGAGAACAUAUACAUUAGUGCCAAAACACUGCAAUUGCUUUACUGUCAUUGGUUGUUGCAUAGUUAAAUAAAUCCUAAAAAAUUGCAUGAACCCAGUCCUGACUAAUAUGUGUAGGUUUAUAUUGUAAGAAUAAGUGUAUUCCAUUCCAUAACAUUCCAUGUUACAGAUUCUAGAAGCAUCGUCAUAGCAGCUAGCUGUGAGAUGCAAUGGGCCAAUAAGUGCAAUAUUUUAUUAAAUAAACCCUGUACAUAGUUUCUCCUGUCCACGAGUAUGAUGACUGUGUCUGCAGUAUGUGAUAGGAAUGGCUCUGAAACUGAUGUAGAAUCUCUAAAAGAGGAGAGAGUGUGUGUGUUGGCGUGUGAGUGUGUAUGUGUGCGCACGUGUGCCUGCCACACUAAAGAGACAAAGUACAUACUAUAAUGUAUUGUUUGUGUAUACCUUUUGUACAAAUCUAUUAUACAUACAACAAUUCUGUUCCUGCUAACUGUCAAAAUGCAGUGUUGUUGUGAAAGAAAAUUUAAACUAAUCAAUGCCAUGCCCAUAAUGAUGUUAUCCAAAAAAAGGGAAUUUGCAUAAAGUAGUUCAGAUACCCUACAUAUGUUUGUACACGUGCUUUGUGCGUAUACAUCUGUGUAUGCGUGUGACAUUAUCAUUUGUGCUAACAGCUAUCAAAUAAAUGAUUCUAAUUAUCUUAAGUCAGGAUUCAUUUAAUAGACAGACAGCAGCAAUUCAACAGCUAAAACAGUCACUCUGGUCAAAUGUCAUAUUAAUGAACUACAACACUUACACUUACCUGGUUAUAUUUGUUUAUUGGAGUGUAAGUAAAAUGUGUUUUGGAAAAUAGAAAAUAAAUUUGAUUCUAACAGUGA